GUCUUUCGGCGUCGCAGAAGGAGAGCAGCUCGGGCUCCGCCAAAGCCUCGGCAUUCGUCCUUCGCCCAGCUGCAUCCGCCCCGCUCUCCCACACCUUCCCCGGGAAGGUCCAACUGGCCAAGCUUCGUAGAAAGCCAACCUCAGAGAGGCAGACGGGAUGGCUAGCUCAGCCCGGGAGCACCUGCUUUUUGUGAGGCGUCGAAAUCCCCAGAUGCGGUACACACUGAGUCCAGAGAACCUCCAGAGCCUGGCCGCCCAGAGCUCCAUGCCCGAGAAUAUGACUCUACAGCGGGCCAACAGCGACACCGAUCUGGUGACUUCUGAGAGCCGCUCCAGCCUGACUGCCAGCAUGUAUGAGUACACGCUGGGGCAAGCUCAGAACCUCAUCAUCUUCUGGGACAUUAAAGAGGAGGUGGACCCCAGUGAUUGGAUUGGACUUUAUCACAUAGAUGAGAAUUCUCCAGCCAACUUCUGGGAUUCUAAAAACAGGGGUGUAACCGGAACACAAAAAGGACAAAUUGUAUGGAGAAUUGAGCCUGGGCCUUAUUUCAUGGAGCCGGAGAUAAAAAUCUGUUUCAAAUACUACCACGGCAUUAGUGGAGCCCUGCGAGCCACGACCCCCUGCAUCACGGUGAAGAACCCUGCUGUGAUGAUGGGGGCAGAAGGCAUGGAAGGAGGUGCUUCAGGAAGUCAGCACUCUCGAAAACUCGUUAGCUUUACGUUGUCUGAUCUUCGGGCAGUUGGACUAAAGAAAGGGAUGUUCUUCAAUCCUGACCCUUAUCUUAAGAUGUCGAUUCAGCCAGGGAAGAAGAGCAGUUUCCCCACUUGUGCCCACCAUGGGCAGGAGAGGAGGUCUACUAUCAUCAGUAACACCACAAAUCCAAUUUGGCACCGAGAGAAAUAUUCCUUUUUCGCACUCCUUACUGAUGUCUUAGAAAUUGAAAUUAAAGACAAAUUUGCCAAGAGCCGACCUAUCAUCAAGCGUUUUCUGGGGAAACUAACCAUUCCAGUCCAGAGGCUUUUGGAGCGACAAGCCAUCGGUGACCAGAUGCUCAGCUACAACCUCGGCAGAAGGCUCCCAGCUGACCACGUGAGUGGGUACCUCCAGUUCAGAGUGGAGGUCACAUCUUCUGUGCAUGAAGAUGCUUCUCCAGAAGCUGUUGGCACAAUACUUGGAGUCAAUACUGUGAAUGGAGACCUAGGAAGCCCUUCUGAUGAGGAGGACAUGCCAGGGGGCCAUCAUGACAGCACGGUUUGUUCCAAUGGACCAGUUUCUGAGGAAAGUGCUAAUGGGACCCCCAAGCAUUCUUUCAGGACUAGCUCUACUCUGGAAAUAGACUCAGAAGAAUUAACCUCUACUUCUUCAAGGACCUCCCCUCCCAGAGGACGUCAGGAUUCACUCAAUGAUUAUUUAGAUGCUAUUGAACACAAUGGCCAUUCCAGGUCGGGUGCAGCUACUUGUUCGGAAAGGUCCAUGGGAGCCUCUCCGAAACUAAGGAGUAGUUUUCCCACCGACACAAGACUCAAUGCAAUGCUUCAUAUCGACUCAGAUGAGGAAGACCACGAGUUCCAGCAAGACCUGGGUUAUCCAUCCUCCUUGGAGGAGGAAGGAGGGUUGAUAAUGUUUAGCAGGGCGUCAAGAACUGAUGAUGGGAGCCUGACGUCUCAGAUAAAGCCAGAAGACAACACGGUGGAGAAUGAGGAAGCCUCCACCAAUGAAGCUGCUUCCUUUGAGGACAAGCCAGAAAAUCUUCCAGAGCUUGCGGAGAGCUCCUUCCCCUCAGGCCCAGUCCCUGAUGAAAGUGAGAAUGCUCCGGAGUGUCAGCCGAGUGCUGACCAGGGGAGCACUGAGUUGUGCGGCUCUCAGGAGGUAGACCAGCCCACAAGUGGGGCAGACACGGGCACUUCUGACACGUCAGGAGGAAGCCGAAGAGCCGUCAGUGAGAUGGAGUCCCUUGAUCAGGGGUCUGAGCCUUCCCAGGUGUCCUCGGAAACAGAGCCCAGUGACCCCGCCAGGACAGAGAGCGUGAGCGAGGCCAGCACCAGGCCUGAGGGAGAGAGUGACCUGGACGGGGCCGACAGCUCCUGCAAUGAGAGUGUCACCACGCAGCUGUCCUCGGUGGAGACACGGUGCUCAUCUCUCGAGAGUGCGCGGUUUCCCGAAACCCCAGCCUUUUCUUCUCAGGAGGAGGAAGAUGGAGCCUGUGCAGCAGAGCCCACCAGCAGUGGCCCUGCUGAAGGGUCACAGGGUUCCAUAUGCACUCCUGGUUCUUUACCUGUAGUGCAGGUGCCCAGUGGAGAGGAGGAAGGGCCAGGGGCAGAAUCGGCUACUUCACCUGACCAGGAGGAGGUGGGGGAGGUCUGGCAGCGGAGGGGGAGCCUGGAGGGAGCUGCUGCUGCUACUGAGAGCCCGCCCCAAGAAGAGCGUGAUGCGGGGCAUGCCCAAGGGGCUUGUGAAGGGGCCACUGCCCAGGAGGAGGGCGCGACCGGAGGUUCUCAAGCCAACGGCCACCAGCCUUUGCGAUCACUGCCUUCAGUGCGCCAGGAUGUUAGCCGGUACCAGAGGGUGGACGAGGCUCUCCCACCAAACUGGGAGGCACGCAUUGACAGCCAUGGCAGGAUCUUCUACGUGGAUCACGUAAACAGAACCACGACUUGGCAGCGGCCCACAGCUCCCCCUGCCCCGCAGGUGCUGCAGAGGUCCAACUCCAUACAGCAGAUGGAGCAGCUGAACCGGCGAUACCAGAGUAUCCGCAGAACCAUGACAAAUGAGAGGCCUGAGGAAAACACCAAUGCGAUUGAUGUGGCAGGGGAGGAAGCCGACUUUCACCAAGCCAGUGCAGAUUUCCGACGGGAGAACGUCCCGCCCCACUCUACCUCCAGAUCCAGGCUCACGUUGCUGUUACAGUCUCCCCCCGUGAAGUUCCUCAUCAGCCCAGAGUUCUUCACUGUGCUGCAUUCUAACCCUAGUGCCUACCGCAUGUUUACAAACAACACGUGUUUGAAGCACAUGAUCACCAAAGUCCGGCGGGACACCCACCACUUUGAACGCUACCAGCAUAACCGGGACCUUGUGGGAUUCCUCAACAUGUUUGCAAACAAACAACUGGAGCUGCCGAGGGGCUGGGAAAUGAAACAUGAUCAUCAGGGCAAGGCAUUUUUUGUCGACCACAACUCGCGCACCACCACUUUCAUCGAUCCCCGGCUCCCGCUUCAGAGCAGCAGACCCACGAGCGCGCUGGUGCAUCGACAGCACCUGACCAGGCAGCGCAGCCACAGCGCAGGCGAGGUAGGAGAAGAUUCUCGACAUGCAGGACCACCAGUUCUUCCCAGGCCAUCAAGUACGUUCAAUACAGUUAGUAGGCCACAGUACCAGGACAUGGUUCCAGUGGCUUACAAUGACAAGAUUGUUGCAUUUCUGCGCCAGCCCAACAUCUUUGAAAUUCUACAGGAGCGUCAACCUGAUCUUACCAGGAAUCACUCACUCAGGGAGAAGAUCCAAUUUAUCCGAACUGAAGGGACCCCAGGAUUGGUGCGUCUUUCAAGUGAUGCUGACCUUGUUAUGUUGCUGAGUUUAUUUGAAGAAGAGAUAAUGUCAUAUGUGCCUCCACAUGCCUUACUCCAUCCCAGCUACUGUCAAUCCCCACGUGGCUCUCCUGUGUCCUCUCCCCAGAACUCACCAGGUACUCAGCGUGCCAAUGCCCGUGCUCCAGCCCCUUACAAGCGAGACUUUGAAGCCAAACUAAGAAACUUUUACAGGAAGUUAGAGACUAAAGGAUAUGGACAAGGCCCAGGGAAAUUAAAGUUAAUUAUCAGAAGAGAUCACUUGCUCGAAGAUGCUUUUAAUCAGAUUAUGGGCUACUCCAGAAAAGACCUGCAGAGAAAUAAGCUGUAUGUCACAUUUGUUGGGGAGGAAGGGUUGGAUUACAGUGGACCUUCCAGAGAGUUUUUCUUCCUGGUAUCCAGAGAACUCUUUAACCCAUAUUAUGGCUUAUUUGAAUAUUCAGCCAAUGACACAUACACAGUACAAAUAAGUCCCAUGUCUGCUUUUGUAGACAAUCACCAUGAAUGGUUCCGGUUCAGUGGUAGGAUCCUUGGUCUUGCACUAAUUCACCAGUAUUUGUUGGAUGCCUUCUUCACACGGCCCUUUUAUAAGGCUCUUCUCAGAAUUCUCUGUGACCUGAGUGAUCUAGAAUACCUUGAUGAAGAAUUUCACCAGAGCCUGCAGUGGAUGAAAGACAAUGACAUCCAUGACAUCCUGGACCUCACGUUCACUGUGAACGAAGAAGUUUUUGGGCAGAUUACCGAACGAGAAUUAAAACCAGGGGGUGCUAACAUCCCAGUCACCGAGAAGAAUAAGAAGGAGUACAUCGAGAGGAUGGUGAAAUGGAGGAUUGAGAGGGGUGUUGUGCAGCAAACAGAGAGCUUAGUGCGUGGCUUUUAUGAGGUCGUGGAUGCCAGGCUGGUAUCUGUUUUUGAUGCGAGAGAACUAGAACUGGUCAUCGCAGGCACAGCUGAAAUAGACCUAAGUGAUUGGAGGAACAACACAGAAUAUAGAGGAGGCUAUCAUGACAAUCAUAUUGUAAUUCGGUGGUUCUGGGCUGCAGUGGAAAGAUUCAACAAUGAACAACGACUAAGGUUGUUACAGUUUGUUACAGGCACAUCCAGCAUUCCCUAUGAAGGAUUUGCUUCUCUCCGAGGGAGUAACGGCCCAAGAAGAUUCUGUGUGGAGAAAUGGGGGAAAAUCACCGCUCUUCCCAGAGCUCACACUUGUUUUAACCGUCUGGAUCUCCCUCCGUACCCAUCCUUCUCCAUGCUUUAUGAAAAACUCUUGACAGCAGUUGAAGAGACCAGUACCUUUGGACUUGAGUGACCUGGAGGCACAAUGCCCCGCUCCGUGUAGACAGGCAAUUCCAGAAGCUGCCCUCUAGAAGAAUGGCUGAACAUUGGAAGUUUCAAGAGUACACUUCCAUUAGAGUAAAGCUGAGUGCUGUUAUUUUCCAGGAACACGUGUUCUGUCACAUUUGGGGACUGGAUAGUGGUGAUGAGUACUCUUGGAAGGAUUUGGGUGAGCUUGAUGCCCAGGGAACCACCCAACAAUCUUUCAAUCAACAGUUCUUGACUGCCAAGCUUUUUUCCAUUUGUUAUGUUCCAAGACGAAGAUGAACCUGUACACGAUCAGCUCCAUGAUAACUUUUAGAGACUCAGGAGAAUCUUGAAACUUACCUUUGAACAUGAUUCAAGCCAAACUGGCAGCACUUGGCCCAAUCUCCAAAUUAGUGCAAGUUAAAUAAUAUAAUAAAAACAAAUAUAACUCCUGAAAA